CAGUCCUAGUAAGAACAUCUACUAGGAGGUUCAGCUAAUAUUUCCAUCCAUCCAAAUUUAUUCAUCAUGAAAACUUUUAUUGUUUUUACCACCUGUCUGGUGGCCACCAUGGCCAGUGGUUGGCAUGGAGCACAAUUCCCAGUUGCUCAUGAAAAUAUCAAAUAUGAUGGCCACUAUGGAUAUGCUUACCCAAAAAUUAACCCACAUAAUGGAGUACCAAUAGACACACCUGAAGUUCAACAUGCCAGAGCUGCUCAUUUAUCUGUUCUUUCGCAAGCCAGAGCAUCUCAUGCAGGUUGGUCUGGUGAUGAUGGUUCAUACGGUGGACAACAUGGAGGCGCUGGUUUAUACGGCAGUGGAAAUAAUAUUCAUUAUGACGGUCGUUAUGGAUACGCUCAACCAAAAAUUGGACACAAUGGCGUUCCAAUCGAUACACCUGAAGUUCAACAUGCCAGAGCUGCUCACUUAGCUGCCCUUUCUCAAGCUCAAGCAUCACACGCUGGAUGGGCUGGUAACGAUGGAUCAUAUGGCGGACACCAAGGAAGCUCUAGCUCAUAUGGACAUGAUAACAAUCUUCAUUAUGAUGGUCGUUAUGGAUAUGCUUACCCAAAAAUUGGACAUAAUGGUGUACCAAUAGACACACCUGAAGUGCAACAUGCCAGAGCUGCUCAUUUAUCUGUUCUUUCGCAAGCUCAAGCUUCUCAUGCUGAGUGGGCUCCACAAGGAAGUGGUCACUACCGCCGUCGUCGUAGCAUCAGUGCUGGUCACAGUGUAAACCCAGAAGCCCAUACCUAUCCAAACCUUGCCCAUGAUGGUCAACCAAUUGAAACACCAGCUGUCCAAGCAUUGAAACAUGCACAUUUUGCAGCAUACUCUGAAGCCCUUUCCCGUGUGGCUAAUUCAAAAAGCAGUGGUUAUAAUAAUGAAGAAUACGACAAUGGUGCCUGGAAAGAUGAAGGAAACAACGGCUGGAACAAUGCAGGAAACAGUGGCUGGAACAGUGGUGCUUACAAUAAUAAUGGCUGGAACAAUGCUGCAACAUCACACGCUAACCAAAACCAACUAUCUGCUGGACAUGGUAACAGUGGCUGGAGCAACGCAGGAUCUACUGUAGCCUCUUAUGGUGGUCAUGCACAAGGUCAUGCAUAUCAAGGUCCAAUCCACAUUCCAAAAAUUGGUCACAAUGGUGUUCCAGAAGAUACACCUGAAGUUCAACAUGCAAGACACCAACAUUUAUCAAAACUAGCUGAAGAAUACGCAAGAGCUCCAGCAUAUCAAGAACCACAACACCAAAAAUGGUGAUCCGUCAAACUAAAUCAUAUUACAAUUGUAUAUAUAAUAAGUCACCGAUAGUGAUGAAUAUGUGAUUGCUUCUUCUCCUCCAAUUAAAGAGUCAUUUUCAUCCGAUUCAUCUAUCAUCCGAAUUAUUUGCUGUCUUGAUGGAUGAGAAUUUGCAAAAUCGCGAUGGUGCAAAAUAUUAGUAUUAAGUU